GGCCACAUUCCAUAUUUUGUUUAUCCAUUCAUGAGCUGAGGUUGUUCCAUCUGUCAGCUCUUCUAAAUAAUGCUGCAAGGAAUAUUGGUGCAUAAGUAUCUGUUUGAGUCUCUGCUUUCAGUUAUUUGGCAUAUGUACUUCCAGGGCCUGCUUUUGACUCCUCCAGUGCAUUUGCACUCAGCAGCUGAGAAGGACUUUUUACCAACACACAUCCAAUCACAUCACUUUCGUACUUACAGUUCUUUGCUGGCUUAAGAUAAAAGACGGAAAUGCUCACCAAAGUCUCCAGGGCCCUGAGCUCUGGCCUGCCGACCUCCAAGUCCCCUGGCUCUUCCCUUUGCUCUGCUCCAGCUGUCUAGACUUUUCUCCAUCCUUCAAGACAGCCAUGCUCCUUUUGGAUUUCAACAUGCUGGUCCCUUUUUCUAAAAUGUUCAUCCUCCCGCAACACCCGGGUUUUGCUAGUUUUUGCUUGGCCAGUUCAUCCUCUAUCUUUCUCAUCCAUCUUGCCUUAAAAUGCUCCUGAAUGUCUCCCUUCCUCCCUCCGGCUCAGCUCCUUCAUUCCUCGCUUCUGCUCCCGUGGUUCCUGUCUUUCGUGACUGUCCGUUCACAGGGGAUUAUUUUCCAAUGUCUGUCUUUCCUGCUGUAAUAAUAACUGUACGCAUUCAUCCACUGGAGUUGCUUCCAUCUUUUGGCCGUCAUAAAUAAUGCUGCAAUGAAUACUGGUGUGCAAGUAUGUUUGAGUCUCUGCUUUACCAGAUAAGAAAGCCUGGGGAUGCUGUCACAGUAACAGUGCCCACUUAGACAUUUGGAACCCAGUGCAGACCCACAGGGCAGUGCUGCCCACUCCCAGGACUCGGGAGCAUGGCUGCCUCCCUGUGCCAACACUGUUAGUCACUAGCACAGAACCUGGCACACGUUGGUACCAAUUCAUAUCUAAACUCGAUGAAUGAACAGACAGAAUGGAAAGUACAGGAGGGACCCGAGUUUUGAACAAACAUUACUUACCCUGUGGCUCCUAGUGCUGGGCAUCCUUACCCACACUCCCAGCCUGUUUCCCUAACCUAGAGAGCGCACACUAAUAUUUAUGUUCAAAAGUUAUUGGGGAGGUUGAGUUUUUAUUUAAUAUUUUAAUGUAGAUUUUAAAAAUCAUUAUGCCAGACAGACUGGGCCUCACUUGAUAAACACUGAUGUUUAGCAUUUAACACACCUUUCCCCAGACUGGAAGAAGGGGCCAAGAUCCCAAUUCGGUGACCCAGCCCCCGCUGGAGUACUGGGUGGUACCUAAUGCCAUCCACCCUUCCGGGAUCUUUACGGCCCACCUCUGAGUGGGUCCCACGGGGACCCUCAGCCGCAUUUUCUUCCUGCAGGCGUCCCUGCACACUCUGGGGCGUUCGCAGCUCUGUAGCCCGCCCAGCAGUGCGUCCGGCCCCGCCCUGGGCCUCAUUAUCCACGUUUCCGCGUCACGCCCGCCGCGAACUUGGCAGGCCCUCCCGCGGGGUUCGGGAACACUGUGUGCCUAGCGCCCGCCCUCCUCCCUCCCGCCGGCCCCGCGCGGCCCGUAGGGUUUGGGUCGCCGGACCCCAGGUACCCGCACCCGGCAAGCAGCCACGGAGCCCCUCGCGCACUUGUCCUCGAUACCCUUGAGUUGGGGCUACGCAGGCCACUCCUAGGCCACUGGCUCGGCGUCCAAACGUGGGUCACCCCGCGCACAGUCUAGAGGUUCAGAAAGAUGCUGUGGCCCACUUUAAAACAAAGCCCAAUUAUUAGCGCUCGGAGGCUGUUCGCGCCGGUGCAGUGUCAGAUCCCCCAGCGCUGCGGACAACCAGUACCCAAAGGAAGCCGAGCUGGAGCUAAAGAUCCCGGCUCCGGAGCCAUCUGACCGGUUUUGAGACCUCCAGCUCGUCGCCGUCCUGGCCGAGAGAGCUUGGGCACGGCGCCGGGGCUCAGUCUCCUCUUCUGUGAAAUGGCGAUAACUGUAUGUGCCAGGUGACUGCACGUGGCGCGCGGCGGGUGGCGGGGAUGGCAGCGGUGCGAUCCCACGCCUCCAGGACCCCACCUUCCCGCGGCCCCCGAUGGGCCCCGCCCCGGGGGCGCCCCAGCCGCACGCGCGGCGCUGGCUACAAAGUGCGUCACGGGCACCGGCCGCGCUCCUUCUGCCGCCAGGGCGAGGCUGGCACCCGGCCAGCGCGGGCAGGGCCACGGGUGCCCGGCUGUUUCCCGGGAGUGGAAGGCGCUCAAGGUGCGCGGCCCAGGACGCGCUACUGGGGGCGCCCUCCGCGGCGGGCAGCGCGCCAGGGAUCGGCCUGGGCAGCCGCGGGGCGCGCGAAGGCUGCGCUUUCCCUACUGCCCCCCUCGCUUCCUCCGGCACGGCGGCAGCGGAGAUUUCCUCUCGGGGAAACUACGCGGAUCCUUUUCGGGGAUCCUCGCCCCGCCCCAGUUCUCCGCCCCCUCCCCUUUGCUGGGGCGCCUGGGCUGGCCCGCGCAGGGGAGGAGGCUCUGGCAGCCUGCGCAGGGAGGCGGUGGGGGGCCGCGGAGCCGCUGGCCAUCGAUUCUCCCCGCCAUGUGACGCCGUCCUUAGCCCUGCGACCCCCAGCGCGUCCCGGGCCUGCGCCCCCGCCCCGCCCCGCCGCGCAGCGCACCAUGCUUCUGCCGGGACCCGCACGCCAGCCGCCGACGCCCCAGCCCGCGCAGCAUCCCGGCCUCCGCCGGCAGGUAGAACCGCCGGGGCAGCUCCUGCGCCUCUUCUACUGCACUGUCCUGGUCUGCUCCAAAGAGAUCUCAGCGCUCACCGACUUCUCUGGUUACCUAACCAAACUCCUGCAAAACCACACCACCUAUGCCUGUGAUGGGGACUAUUUGAAUCUACAGUGCCCUCGGCAUUCUACGAUAAGUGUCCAAUCGGCAUUUUAUGGGCAAGAUUACCAAAUGUGUAGUUCCCAGAAGCCUGCCUCCCAGAGGGAAGACAGCUUAACCUGUGUGGCAGCCACCACCUUCCAGAAGGUGCUGGACGAAUGCCAGAACCAGCGGGCCUGCCACCUCCUGGUCAAUAGCCGUGUUUUUGGACCUGACCUUUGUCCAGGAAGCAGUAAAUACCUCCUGGUCUCCUUUAAAUGCCAACCUAAUGAAUUAAAAAACAAAACCGUGUGUGAAGACCAGGAGCUGAAACUGCACUGCCAUGAAUCCAAGUUCCUCAACAUCUACUCUGCGAUCUACGGCAGGAGGACCCAGGAAAGGGACAUCUGCUCCUCCGAGGCAGAGUGGCUCCCCCCUUUCGAUUGCUUGUCUUACUCAGCUUUGCAAGUCCUAUCCCGAAGGUGCUAUGGGAAGCAGAGAUGCAAAAUCAUCGUCAACAAUCACCAUUUUGGAAGCCCCUGUUUGCCAGGCGUGAAAAAAUACCUCACUGUGACCUACGCAUGUGUUCCCAAGAACAUACUCACAGCGAUUGAUCCAGCCAUUGCUAAUCUAAAACCUUCUUUGAAGCAGAAAGAUGGUGAAUAUGGUAUAAACUUCGACCCAAGCGGAUCGAAGGUUCUGAGGAAAGACGGAAUUCUUGUUAGCAACUCUCUGGCAGCCUUUGCUUACAUUAGAGCCCACCCGGAGAGAGCUGCCCUGCUGUUCGUGUCCAGUGUCUGCAUCGGCCUGGCCCUCACAUUGUGCGCCCUGGUCAUCAGAGAGUCCUGUGCCAAGGACUUCCACGACUUGCAGCUGGGGAGGGAGCAGCUGGUGCCAGGAAGUGACAAGGUCGAGGAGGACAGCGAGGAUGAAGAAGAGGAGGAGGACUCCUCUGAGUCUGAUUUCCCAGGGGAACUGUCGGGGUUCUGUAGGACUUCAUAUCCUGUCUACAGUUCCAUAGAAGCUGCAGAGCUCGCAGAAAGGAUUGAGCGCAGGGAGCAAAUCAUUCAGGAAAUAUGGAUGAACAGUGGUUUGGACACCUCACUCCCGAGAAACAUGGGCCAGUUCUACUGAAAACCACACGCAUCUUGAUGCGAUCGCACUUUCUGAAGAAGGAAGGAUCCCAAAUGCCCCUCCAGUUCUGGUUCACCUGUACCUUCUAUGAAGGAGAAUUUGUCAUGUCAUUCAACACUCGUGAGGCCAGGAAGCUAUUAAAGGGAUGUUUCAAGCUGUUUCUAGCACAUUCCAAAAUAAAUGAGGAGGGAAGAGUC